CUCCCAAAACACUACUGUGGACUGCAAAUAACCAAGAUGGGUUUGCAUAGAUCGUCGAUAACUAUGGCCACCUUCUUGUUAUUUUUAUUUACUUUAUCAUCGGCCUUAGACAUGUCGAUCAUCUCCUACGACCAAAGCCAUGCCUCAAAAUCUAGCUGGAGGACCGAUGAUGAAGUUAUGGCUAUAUACGAAACAUGGCUUGUAAAGCAUGGGAAAGCAUACAACGGUUUGGGUGAAAAAGAAAAGAGGUUUGAGAUUUUUAAGGAUAAUUUGAGGUUUAUUGAUGAACAUAAUUCGGAGAACCGGACCUACAAGGUUGGGUUGAACCGGUUUGCUGACUUGACAAACGAGGAGUAUCGGUCCAAGUACCUGGGAGCAAGGACUGGCUUUAGGAAGAACUCCUUGAAGUCAAAGGUUAGUGAUCGUUAUCAGCCACGUGUCGGCGAGGAGUUGCCGGAUUCCGUUGAUUGGAGGAAGAAGGGCGCCGUCGUUGAGGUUAAAGAUCAAGGAAGCUGUGGGAGUUGCUGGGCAUUUUCAACAAUUGCAGCCGUGGAAGGUAUAAACAAGAUAGUUACAGGUGACCUUAUCUCUCUAUCUGAGCAGGAGUUAGUGGACUGUGAUACAUCAUAUAAUGAAGGAUGUAAUGGUGGUCUGAUGGACUACGCCUUUGAGUUCAUAAUUAACAAUGGUGGUAUUGACACCGAAGAGGAUUAUCCCUACAUGGCUGUUGAUGGCAGAUGUGACACAUACCGGAAAAAUGCCAAGGUUGUUACGAUUGAUAAUUACGAAGAUGUUCCUGAAAAUAAUGAGAAAGCUUUGCAAAAGGCAGUUGCAAAUCAACCAGUGAGUGUUGCCAUUGAAGCAGGUGGCCGGGAAUUCCAGUUCUAUGAUUCGGGUGUAUUUAGUGGAAGAUGUGGGACGGCGCUUGACCAUGGUGUUACUGCCGUUGGAUAUGGCACAGAUAAUGGAGUUGAUUACUGGCUUGUGAAAAAUUCAUGGGGCAAAAGCUGGGGAGAAUCAGGCUACAUCAAGAUGGAGCGUAACUUGCUUGGCACUGCCACAGGGAAAUGUGGAAUUGCCGUUGAGGCCUCUUAUCCAAUCAAGACAGGCCAAAAUCCCCCAAACCCUGGACCAUCUCCUCCAUCUCCCAUUAAACCACCAACUGUUUGUGACAGUUAUUACAGCUGCCCUGAGAGCAACACCUGCUGCUGUGUCUAUGAAUACGGGAACUAUUGCUUUGCAUGGGGAUGCUGCCCACUUGAGUCCGCCACUUGCUGUGAUGACCAUUACAGCUGCUGCCCUCAUGACUAUCCUGUCUGUAACGUUCGUUCAGGGACUUGCUUGACGAGCAAGAACAACCCACUGGGAGUGAAGGCAAUGAGGCGUACUCCUGCCGUACCUAAUUGGGCUCAUGGAAGUGAAGGCAAAAAGGACAGUGCUUAAGCAGAGACUAUACUGUUAAGCAGUUGAUGACAGAAGGGUGGCCGAACAAUCAAGAUCAGUGCUUGAAUUUGGCUUCUUGGUUUAUCAUACUGCAUACAGUCAUUUCAACUAUAAUUUGUCUGCCAGAAGCAGAAGUGGAAGGUCUAUAAAAGAUUAUUAUGAAUGCUGAUUGUGUACAUAACUUAUCUGAAUUGCACUGAACAACAAACGGUUAUAUUGUUGUCAUUUGUCAAUUUGCAGUACCUCUGUAAAUUCGGUAAUUCAUUCGGCAGUAGCUUUAUAAUACCUUAUCUAAAUGUUCUCCAUGGAUUUCUUGA